GUGAAGUUUAUUUUACAUUUUAUUACUUUACUUACGUUCUGAAUACAAAAGUCAAGUUUACGUUUUCGUAAUCGAAAUCAGGACAAUGAUGGCAGAAUAAUUAGGAAGUAACAUUGUUUGCAGCAGCUGUCGUAAGUUCAGGGCAAAGAACCGCUCCCAAUUUGCUAACUGGUUAAAAGAAGUGAAAUUCCUUCGCGUACCGUUUGCGUGUAUAUCGCAGUGCAGAGGAAGACCUCAAUGGAAUUUAGCAGCUUUGGAUUUACAGUUCUAUACAAUGCCUUCUCUCUGGUCGAGUGUUGAAAAGUUCCCAAAUAAUGCGAAAAGGUCAUGAUGGCGAAAAAAAUUGAUUAGCUUUUUGCAGCCAACCUCCGAUGACCCCGAUUAAAUAGAAACAAAGAAUCCUCACCAUAUCCCUUCCCAUGAAUCUGUAAGGUUACCCUUGAGGGAAGAUCACACUCCCCAAUACCCCCUACUAUAUUCCCGUUCGAUUUGCCGAAUACAAAUAUUGCAAGUGAUAAUCCGAUUCUACCAUCAAUCCGAUACCCACGAGAAAGAGAAAUCCACCACACGGCAGCUUUUCAGUGACAACAGGCUGGAGAAAAGAAAGUUCAGGAAUUCAGUAGUGUAAGCGAAUCCAGCCAGCGAAAGGCAAGAAGAGAGCGUUUUGUGAUUUUUUUUUUGUUGUGAGCCGUUCUAUUUUCCGCCUCGGCAUAAUAUGCGAGAGUAAAAGAAAGCUAGAAAUAAAGGUGUCUGCCGUGGACGUGUGUGGAAGACCCGUCCGCAUCUACAGGGCACAAAAAACAAUAAACACUAGAAUCUCUUUGCCUGAAUCUCUCUCUCAACCAAGCCAUACCGUCAAGAGCGAACCCUGAAGAUUAGAGCUCCACUCGAAUAUAUAUUACUUAAGCCUAAAGUACUAUAAUAGUCGAAAUAUCAAGUACAAUACAAUAACAAAAGAGCAUAACCAUGGCUGGACCAGAAAUCACUUUUAUCUUCCAAUUUGGUAACCUGCGGGAUAUUGUAACCGUAUCCAGCCAGGCGCUGACGCUGAAAAAGCUCAAGGAUCUAGCCUGUGAUUUUAUCAAUACUAAGAUACCAGAAAACGGCCUCAAUCGCCUUCCAGAUCGUUUACUUCUGUUUCGACAUGACUACAGCUCAUCCAACGUUCUCCAGAUGAUUAAUUCCGCCUCUGAGAUUGUCGACGAAACGCUUGUUGAAGUUGUGCUAACCGCCAAUCCUAUCAGCGCACCGGGAGCGGACGACAUUCCUCUCGUACGACCGCACGCCCUUGCCGUCCACUCGUACAAGGCACCCACAUUUUGCGAUUUUUGUGGCGAGAUGCUGUUCGGCUUGGUUCGCCAGGGUCUCAAGUGUGAGGGUUGUAGUCAAAACUAUCACAAGCGCUGUGUUAUCAAAGUGCCAAACAACUGCAGCCGAGUGGAGCACACCGGAGCUCUGCUCGGCGUCGGUAAUCGGCGUACAUCGUCAUCGUUGCUGCAACCACCGCGAAGCCCGUCGGCCGGAUCGAGCAGUUCGCUGCUGUCGGACGAUCAGGCAACCAGCGGAUCCGGCUCACUGCUGCUCAACGUUUCCAGUACCGGUUCUCAGGCGGCUCCACAGACUGGUAGCAUUCGACAGAAUCGAUCCCCUUCCCUAGGCAGUCGCAGCGGUACCGUCGGUAGCAUUAAGAUACCUCAUAGUUUCUCCAUUCACACCUACACCCGUCCGACGGUUUGUCAGUACUGUAAAAAGCUUCUCCGAGGUUUGUUCAAGCAGGGCGUUCAGUGUCGGGAUUGCCAUUACAAUGCGCACAAGAAAUGUGUCGAACUGGCGCCCAAGGAUUGUACCGGGGAAAACACCCAGCCAGUGGAUCCACACGAUGAUCGCUGUUUGGUCGGCGAUCGAGGUAUGGUCUACAAGGAGGAUGCCGGCGACGAGAGCGAUCUCGAGGAAAACUCCUGUGCCGGUGGAAUGAACAAUAACAACAGUAGUAGCCAGCAGAACCGAAACGUGAAUCUGUUCAACAGUGGUCCACCAGUCAAGAUUAACGGUAUGAUUUCACCUCUACACGAUGAUGAAUCGGCCGACUGUGGGAAUCGACUAGAAGUGAUAUGCGAACAAUCCCGACAAUCAAGCGAUUCUUCGUCAUCACCCAGUGCUAACAUACCACUGAUGAGGAUAGUUCAGUCGGUUAAACAUACGAAGAGACGCGAUGGUCGUGCAGUCAAAGAAGGAUGGUUGGUACAUUUUACCAACAAGGAGAAAACAGUGAAACGGCACUACUGGCGAUUGGACUCGAAAGCAAUAACGCUAUUUGUGUCCGACCAGGGCACCAAGUACUACCGAGAGAUUCCGCUAAACGAAAUAUUGACCGUGGAUCCGGCAAGAAACAUGCAGGGUGAGGUGCUGCACUGUUUCGAGAUUCGAACCGCCAACGUGGAUUAUUUCGUCGGGCAGGACCCGCUAUAUAAUCUCAAAGAAGGCGAUCCAAUGCUAUCACUUCCACCGCCUGACAGCGGUGUCGGAGCGUAUCUAGCAAAAAGUUGGGAAACAGCCAUCAAACAAGCACUGAUGCCGGUGACAAGCACCCGAUCCGAAUCCAACAGUGGCGAACCGGAGGAAAAGGUUACCGAUAUGAGUCAGCUGUAUCAAAUUUUCCCCGAUGAAGUUCUCGGUUCGGGUCAAUUUGGAAUCGUGUACGGGGGACUUCAUCGGAAAACGCACCGGACGGUGGCUAUUAAAGUGAUCGACAAACUGCGAUUCCCGACCAAGCAGGAAGCGCAGUUGAAAAAUGAAGUCGCUAUCUUGCAAAACCUGUCGCAUGCCGGCGUUGUCAAUCUGGAACGGAUGUUUGAGACACCGGAAAGGAUAUUCGUGGUGAUGGAAAAGCUGAAGGGUGACAUGCUUGAAAUGAUUCUCUCGCACCACAAUGGACGGUUAAGCGAGAGGGUUACCAAGUUUCUUAUAACUCAAAUUCUCGUUGCUCUCAAAUAUUUGCACAGCAGAAACAUUGUACACUGUGAUUUGAAACCGGAAAAUGUGCUGCUCUCAUCCGAUAACGAGUUUCCACAGGUGAAACUGUGUGACUUUGGAUUUGCUCGAAUUAUUGGCGAAAAAUCUUUCCGGAGGUCGGUUGUUGGAACGCCCGCUUAUUUAGCCCCGGAAGUCCUACGAAACAAAGGUUAUAAUCGCUCGCUGGAUAUGUGGAGUGUCGGAGUCAUCAUCUAUGUAAGCCUGAGCGGCACAUUUCCUUUCAACGAGGAUGAGGAUAUCAACGAUCAAAUUCAAAACGCUGCCUUCAUGUACCCCCCGAACCCCUGGAAGGAAAUUUCGUCCGACGCAAUCGAUCUCAUCAACAACCUGCUACAGGUGAAGCAGCGCAAACGAUUUACGGUGGACAAAAGCCUGCUACACUGUUGGCUGCAAGAUCUGCAAACUUGGAACGAUCUGAGAAGCCUGGAGGUCCAGGUAGGGCUACGGUAUCUAACACACGAAUCGGACGAUGCCCGCUGGGGUGCAUCACUGGUAGGCGGUGGCAUCCCUUGACCAGAAACUGUAGAAGCAUCGAACGGCGGUACCGCAGUUGCCGGCAAUUGCGGCGGCGGCGGCGGUGGAGGCAGCAGUAGUAACAGCAACAAUAGCAUCUGCAGCAAUCAACCCUCGCCCAAGAUGAAUGACUUCCGCGGCAAAGCGUUCAAGUGGGUACGGGGGCGCCUUUGUCGGUUAAUCAAGGCCUAGGAAAUACCACCAGUAGCGAGUAGGUAUUACGUACAUUUACUUACAAAAACGAGUGAGAUUCGCGGAGGAAACUAUCUCCUGUGCAGCAUUUGCCCCUUCAACGUUGGAGCAAGCCGUUAUUGUAUUGUCAUAAUUUAAAACUAGCCGUUUGAACUUGGCACUCCUGUGAAUUGGGAGUUCUAGAUAUUGUAAUUUAACAGUUCAAAUUUGACGAGAAAACUUUUAACUUCUUAUUGGUAGUUAAACAGUUGAAUCAAUCAUAUACAUAUACUUAGUAAAAAAAAAGAGUAAGUGAUUGCAAAUAACUUCUUAUAUGAACAAACAAAACAACAAUUUAAAGGAAUUGAUAACUUUUAAACCACUAUAAUGAUUUAUGUCCUUGCUAAAACUUUCACUGAGCGCGUAGAUUAUUUGAACCGCUGUUAAAUAUUGCAAAAUUCAUCUUAAUAUGCUGAGAAAAUUACCCUACUUUUACAUCAGAUCUGAAUGAAAUUAAACUGACACAGGACCGAUUCUGGUGUUAGAAGACUCUACGUUUCGUUUGCAGAAGGUAUGUUGUACCAUUUUUGUUCCGUACUAGGUACCUGUUGUUAGCUUUGAUCUGUAGUUUCGAAUGUCAUCUUUUUUAACUCUUUUAUGUAAAAUAUGAAUUAUCUGACAUAAUUUGCUUUAAACUUUAUAUUUCACUUGUCGUCUCUGGUAAUAUACCGAACAAAAUUCGAUUGACCUUAGCCAUCAGACUUUAAGCAACCAUAUAUUCUGCAUCUCACGGUUUGAAGCUCGGUUUUUAGAGCAAUUGCAUUUUGAUAGGUCUUUUUUAAAGUUUUUUUUUGGUUUUUGUUCAAUAUAAAUGUUCCUGAGGUAUUUUGGAAUAAGCUUAUUUGAAAAUUCUGUACACUUUCCGGCACGUCUGGUCAUGCGGCUCAAGUCCUAAAGUGGCCAUACUGUCUCUCCUAAUCCGUGACGUCUACUUAAUUUAGUUACAUCUCUACUUAAUUACGACGAAUUGAUUUCAGUUGUACAUAGCAAAUAUUGGCUAUUGCACUUACGGCCAAUUUCUUCACGCUGAAAACCAAUUUUUGGGUUGCUUGUGACCAAUUAGCCGGAAAUUGGUUUUCAUCCAAGAGAAUAAAUUGACCGUUAGAGUUGCGUAAACUAG